AGUAAAACCCUCUUAAGUUUUUUCUAUAAAACUCUGCUUCCAAUUUUCAUUCGGAGCAAUUUCCCAGUAGCAACAAUGGAGGAAGAUUCAUUAAUUGACACAAAUUUUCAAUUAUUUUCUAAGAGAUCGAAGUAUUUGUCCAAACAGCCUCAACAAAUCAUCGAAACCCCACCACAAAUUACCCAAAUUUCAGAUGUUCAAGAAAUCGAAAAGCAAACACACCCUACAAAUCCAUCAUCUUCAUUUUCAGAUUUAGGGCUUUCAGAAUCCGCCAUUAAAACUUGCUUGGAGCUUAAAAUGAAGCAUCCAACUCCAGUACAGCAGUGUUGCAUCCCUAAGAUUCUUCAAGGUAGCGAUGUAUUGGGUAUAGCCGAAACUGGAAGUGGGAAAACUGCUGCUUUUGCACUCCCCAUUCUUGACCGAUUAGCAGAAAAUCCGUAUGGUGUGUUUGCCCUAAUUGUUACCCCAACUCGCGAAUUAGCGUUUCAAUUGGCUGAGCAAUUUCGUGCUCUUGGGUCUUCUUUACAUGUUCGUUGUACGGUUAUUGUGGGCGGUAUGGAUAUGAUUACUCAAUCUAAAACCCUAAUGCAAAGACCGCAUAUUGUUAUUUCCACUCCUGGAAGAAUUAAGGUGUUGAUUGAAGAUAACCCGGAUAUUCCUUCUGUUUUCUCCAAAACUAAGUUUCUUGUAUUAGAUGAAGCAGAUAGAGUUCUUGAUGUUGGGUUUGAGGAAGAGUUGAGAGUUAUAUUCAAAUGUUUGCCUAAAAGCCGGCAGACUUUAUUAUUUUCUGCGACGAUGACAAAUGAUCUAACAGCAUUGCACGAGCUUUCUUCCAAAAAAGCGUAUUUCUAUGGGCAGUAUGAAGGCCUUAAGACUCCAGACUCCCUAAAACACCAGUAUCUUUGUGUUCCUAAGAAGGUCAAGGAUGUAUAUCUUUUAUAUGUCUUAUCAAGGAAGGAAAAUAUGGGUGUACGCUCAGUCAUUGUAUUCUUUAAUGAACGCAAAAAGUGCCGUCGAAUGGCUUUGUUGUUGGAAAAUCUUGAUCAAGAGGUUGCUGAACUGCACUCACAAAAAUCACAGUCUGAAAGACUUGCUGCACUGCACCGUUUUAAAUCUGGGAAGGUUCCGAUAUUGCUUGCUACAGGAGUUGGCGAACGUGGGCUAGAUAUCCCAACAGUGGAUCUAGUCAUAAACUAUGAUUUACCAAGGCUUCCCGAGGAUUAUGUUCAUCGUGUGGGACGUGCUGCAAGAGCUGGAAGAACAGGGCUUGCGAUGAGCUUGGUCAGUGGGAAAGAAUUGGAACUUUUACAUGGAGUAGAAGCAGAACUAGGGAAGGAAAUGGAAGAAUUUGAAUGUAAAGAAAAAGAUGUUCUUGCUGACAUCACCAAGGUUUUCAAGGCAAGGAGGGUAGCAAAAAUGAAGAUGGUGGAUGAACACUUUGAGGACGAAUUGAAAAAGCGCAAGCAGCAAAAACUGAAAACUUUAGCGGAGAAAGGCUUGUUGUCGAAAACAAACCGUAAGCGAAAAAGAAAUAAAGAUAUCUAACUCUCCUCCGCUCCCCUCCCCUCCCCUCCCCUCCCCUACCCUAUAACUUGGUAAUGUAAUAAUACAUUUACCCCAGGUUCCUGGUUCCUGUAUUCUUGCUGCAUUUUGCACAGCAGCGUUCGUUUUUAAUUUUUGAUAUGAAAUUACGACUCCCUAUUUAAUGUGAAUGCAACCAUGAUUUUGAAGACUAACUUUAUGAAGUUUAUUAUAUAUGAUUGCGCUGCUUUGGCCCAA